GGGACUCUAUAUUGGCAAGUUGCCUCAGAGAGAGAGAGAGAGAGCUUUUUUGAUAAAUCAGAACUCAGCAAAAGAGUUGUAAGAUUUGGGAUUGAGCUCACAUCACUCAUUCUUAGUUCUGGUAAUGACAAAAGUAUAUCCGAACACGACAACCUUAGUCACAUCCUCCCCGGACGGAAAGGGGAACGCGGCGAUCUUAACCGUAUGGAAGAAGUCACUUCUGUUCAGCUGUAAUGGAUUUACGGUAUUCGACAGCAAAGGGGAUUUAAUAUUCAGAGUAGAUAACUAUAUGGCCAGUAAUAAGGGCGAGAUCGUUCUUAUGGACGCUGCCGGCAAGCCUCUCUACACCAUUCGCCGCAAGAGGUUAAGCUUUGGCGACAACUGGCUGGUGUACGACGGAGAGACGGCGGCGAAUCCUCGAUUUUCGGCGAGGAAACACGUGAACAUCCUCAACACAAAGUGUUUGGCUCACGUUAGUAAUUACAACAAGGCUAACGAAGGAACGGGAGGAAGUGGCGGGUGUUCAUCGCCCAACAGCAAGAACGUGAUGUAUGAGAUAGAAGGAUCGUACACGCAACGAUGCUGUGCGGUGUUAGACAAAAGUAGGAGGCGGGUGGCGGAGAUCAAGCAGAAAGAGGCAGUCGGAGGAGUGGGCUUUGGCGUCGACGUCUUUCGCCUCAUUGUACAGCCUGAAAUCGACGCUGCUCUUGCCAUGACACUUGUCAUCCUUCUCGACCAGAUGUUCGGAUCUUCUAGACGCCUUUCCACCUAAAUUAAUAAUAAGGGAUUAAUUCCCAUCAAAGCCAGCACCAAAUGAUCAACAUCAAAAUGAUCAUCACCCUAUAGAGCACCAUCACCCUCCUCAACCCAAAUUUUCCUGUCUUUUUUUUUUUUUUUUUCCCCUAAAUGUAUGAAUAUAAUACAGCUUCACCCAUCCUUCUCUUUUUCUUUCUGGAUUCUCUCCCACUCCCAACUUCUUCUUCUUCUUUUUUUUUUCCUUAAGAAUCUUAGGAGCUUGGUUUUUUUUCCUUUUAUACAAAAAACCAAGAUCAAAGUGGGGAUGUAUAUAAUUCUUCAAAAAAAAGGAAAAAAAAGCAAAGUUUUUAUUUUUCAGUUUUUUCAUCCUGAGUGAUGUAUUGCUGGGAUAAUCCAGCUUUUUCAAUCCAUGUAUGGUUUCCUUGCUAGAACGAAUAAAUCCUUAAACAAGCAAUAAGAAUUACGUUCCUUUUCUUUUUAA